AUGGAUGGAAAGCCGCCUGAGCAGCCAUCAAGCCUCGCCCCCGCCUCCGCCGACCACACCAGACCACACCACCAUUACGGAGCGGGGCGGCGGGGUUGCACUCUUCCUCUGGCGGGCUGUGGUCCCAAGGCGAAUGGGGGGGAGGGGGAAAAGAGAGAGCUGCGCGACCUAGCUUUUUCGGCUCUGUAG